GACUCUGUUUGUUUGCGAUAUUGCGGGAUACAACGGGAUCAACAGCAUCGGUGUCGAGAUGGUGAUGAUGAUGAUGAUGAUUUAAUCGAGCGUGUGUGUCCACUCGAUGUUUUCAGGAAGGACAAUUCUCGUUUUUCUCCUUCGUGAAUGCUUCGCGAACGCGAAGACGCGAGGCCGCGUGAAAGGUCGCUGUUGCUUUGCCUUAACCUUUCGUCCCAUAUUUGACUAUCGCACAUUUCGCGGGGUCGUGAACGUCAGUCCUGUCAGUGAGACUGACAGUUAGAAAUGUUACAUUUCGCGUGCUCGCGAACCGCGCGAGCGAUCGGUCCCUCCCUAUCGAUCAAUUUGGCAAAGUUAAAGAGGUCUUAACUUUGCUCCACUUGUGUUUUUUUUUUUUUUCGUUACGAGAAUCAGUUCAGUUUCUGUGGUUUCUUGUGGCUUCUGGUAGUGGAACUGGUUGUUCUCUCUUCUGAGAGAGGAGUUCUGAGAUUCCCUUGCGAUUGAAAGCAUUGUGGAGACUCUCCGCCCACUAAUUACGGCCGUAUCAUGCAGAACUUUGAUGAUCUUGAUAUAGAGGGACGUAAUCCUUCUCACUUAUCGGAAGAGGAUAAGGAAAAGGAAGAGUAUGAUCGCAAGCGUAUAAUGCGAUGCAGCGUUACCGCCGAAGAUGGUGCACUGAGACCAGUCUAUUCCGAGACCGAAGAUGGUGAUAUAUGGUGUCAUAUCUGUAACGUUGCCCUGUUUGGAGCACAUAAGUUGAUAAGUCAUAAUCUGUGUAAUCGUCACAAGAUGAAGCUGGAUGAGUGGCCGUAUCCGGUUAUGCUAUGGUCCAAGCGACCACAGGACGCGGCCAAGACGGUCGCGCCGGUGCAAUCUACGACUAUCGGCGACACUCUGGCACCUGGCGAGCCGGUGCCACCCGGCAUGGAAGAUCAAAUCACGCGGAUUACGUCGAUACAAAUGAGCUUAGACCGGCAUCAGAGCUCGCCGCUUGUCGGUCUCGAGUAUCUGCUGGAGCUCGUGGACAAUGAUUCGUGCGAGCCGAGUUACACGUGUGUUUUGUGCGAUAAACGCGGCGAUCCGCGCACAGUAAUGGCUCAUAUUACCAGCUACAAUCACCGAAUCACAUACCUCAAUAGACACUUCCCGACCAUAUCGCGAGCGAUUACGGAGUUACCGCGUACUCCUAAUUAUAAGCGCGGGGCCAAUGAAAUAUCGGUGUUAGUGGCGAAGAAAAUCGAAGAGAAGUUUGGAAGAAUGAAGCCGCAAUUGGUCGACAAGGUUCAGUUCGAAAAGAAUAAGAUGGUAUAUAUCAAGAGGGUUUAUCAGGACGUUCAUUUUAGGGAAACGCCAGAGUGUACAUUUAUGGAAGUUUAUGAUGUGCGAUGGGUGACAAAUUUUGAUGAAAAAAUGGCAGAAAUAAAUGGUAAUAAUGUUAGAAAGAAAGAUUCCAAUAUUGCCGAUGAGAAGAUUGAUGACAAAUGUAAAAAAGAAGACAAGAAAAAGGAAAAAUCUCCUAAAAAAUUAGACAUAAAAGGAGAAACUUCAAAAUCGGGUUUCAAAAUGCGUAUAUUUAACAAGGACAAAAUGAGUCUUCGUAAAUCUUCACCGAAACCCGAAGAGAUUGUAAAAAAGUCGCCUAAACGUCCCUCAGAUGAUACUAAAUCGCUCUCGUCGCUUUCGAGUAUAUCUAGCAGUCCAUCUCCGUCUCGUUCAAGAUCCCGUUCACCGAGUCGAGGUAGAAAAAGGAAUUCCAUCGACAGAAGCGCCGGAAGGUAUCGUAGUGGCUCACGAUACUCGCGUGAACGUACUCGUCGUUCGCGAUCACGAUCACGAUCGCGUUCGUUACAACCUCUCAGGGAACGUGAUAAAUGGGACAAAUAUCGCGAACAAAUUAGACGCGCCGAGGAAACGCUAGAUCGUGCUCUAAAAUUCCACGAAAAGAAUCCCGAAAAACAUCCGUCUUAUCCGGAUGAGUGGAAGAAAUUCUGGAACAGACGAUAUAAGGAACUCCAGGCCGAGGGUAACGAUCCGAGUAAACACGACUUCAAACCAGAAUGGAUCGAGUUUUGGAAUAAAAGAAUGCGCGAGAUUCAUAACGAGCAGCUUCAGCAACGAAAAGAGGAAAUUAGAAAGAGAUUGGAAUUGCCUGAAGAUAAACCGCCGGAAAAAUGGAUAUCACCGAGGCGAGAACGAGAGCGUUCCCCCGCAAAGCGCAGCAGACAUCGCAUAGAGAGCGACGAUGAAGUGGAAUACGUUGGUACGAAAAUGAUCAAGCCUGAAUAUUAUGAUCGCCAUGAGCUCAGGGAGCGAGACUACGUAUAUUCCUCAUACACGCGCGGAAGGGGAAGUGUAUACAGUCAUAGUUAUCCGCGAACAGCAUCUCGUUCCAGGCCAAUGUAUUACGCGUCACCGUAUCCCGUGAAGGAGAAAUCACCUACUCCGCCUGUCGCGGACGAAAGCUUGACAGAGGAUUUCGAAGUAGUCAGUCUUUUACGAUUACUCACAGCGCUCGAGGGACAGUUGGGUUCUCUCGGUCCUAAGAUAGUGUCGCUCUUGUCGAGAGCCUUAGCAGCCGAGAAAGCAAAGCCGAAUUCCGCCGAGGAAUUACUGUAUGAUGAAGAAGUAAGUGUUCUGUUCGAGACUGUUAAAGAGAAGCUCAAGGGCCAGCUAUUUGCGGGCAUGGUGGAGAAGAUGGCGAUUACGGCCACUAAAACUGCUAUACAGAACAUCGCCAAGCUACUCCAUAGAGCUUCCGAGGGCAAGAAGAAACUUGAAGAGGAAAAGAAGAAAAAUAAAGAACGAGAACUUCUGGAGGCAUCUAAACCCGCGCCAAGUUACGUCAAUAGAACCACUUACACGAGACCGGUAGAAAUUCUUACACCGUCCAUUAAGUCCGAGCCGGUGAGUGUACCGGGUAUCGGUACGAUCGACAAAGUCGCUAUCGCCCGACAGAUCGCCGCGGCUCUCGUCGCGCAAGGUAGAACGAAUGUUUCGCAGGAAGAAUUGGAGACUCUCAUUAAUGCCGUAGUCGGUAUGGCUGAGGCGUCGAAACAUUCCGAUAAACCCGUCACCACUGCUGAUUUUGUUAGAGGUCUGACGAGCAAUUCUGGCAAUGUCGGGAUUGCGCCUCAAAUAGUGGAACCCACGAAAACGGUCACGAUUGCGUCAAACGAUCCUACAGAACGGCAAGCCUCGAAAAUGGAAGACCUGUCGGAUACGGAUCUGAAAGUAAAAUUGCAAAGCUUUAAGGAUUUGAACACGCAAGAUCAACAUAGUCUCAUCAAUUUCCUGAAAAAGCUCGAAGCGAGUGAUCCGAUUAGGGUGGAAAAAUUACGAAACUUUGUCAAUCUUGGCGUAAUAUCAACGACGUCGACAAUAUCGAGUAGCACGAAAUCACCGACUCCGGAAAUCGAAGCCACGAUUGGCAAAGGUAGGAAGAGCAUCUCUCCAUUUUCCACUCGUAAAGGAAAUCAAAAUCCAACCGAGGACGAUGACAAAUGGAAACCUAAAGUGGAUAUGUUCGCGAACGACGAGGACGAGGAGCAACAAUCUAAAAAGGAUAACGAUCAAGACAAAAUGAAGACAAAGUUAGAUUUAUCCGAUGACGAUGACGAUUAUACGUACGAAGAUAUCUACAAAGCGGCGAGUAAGAAUGUGAGCGAGAACGAAAAAGCCAAGAAGUCCCGCGCUUUUUCCAAAUCGCCGAAAUCGUGGUCGCGUUCGCGCUCGAGGUCGAGAUCGAGAUCGCGAUCGCCGGCGCCGAGACAGAAGGAAACCACGAAGACGAACGAUCCGAACGCGAUAUUGAACGAGACGAAACGUCUAAUCGCGAAUAUUAUGUGCGACUUGCCCAACAAAUAUGUUUCCAAAUCACAUACGAGUCUGAGUAGUGAUACAAUCGAGCCGAUAGCGAAUCCCGUCGAGCAGAUACCAUCAACCGGAAGCUUCUACAAUCAAAACUUCCUUCCGAAUAAUCAGCCACGGCCGCAGGGACAACCGUUGACGACCUAUCCCAACGUGCCCAAUCAGCAGUUCACGAACUAUCAGCAACCGCAACAAAUGUUUCCCAAUAAUUCAGGUUACAUAGACAACGGUUAUAAUUAUCAGGGUUAUAGUAAUAUGGGUAAUCAAGGUCAAUACAGUGGACCGUCGAUAUCGUCGAAUCAAUAUCCUCAACAGACUUAUGGCUCUUACGUCGCGCCACCGCAAACCGCGCAUCCGUCUAGCUACGUUCAACAACCGCAGUCGCAGCAAUAUGAUGCUUAUAUGCAGCAACCGCGAUUUUAUUGAAUCAAAUAUACAUCGUCCGCUUGGUUGAUGACGCGUCACAUCUUUUACCGAACAUUCGCGUUAUGGCGAACUCCAGACGUUCCAGAUCUCGCUCUCUCUUUUUAUACAUAGUGGUACGAAUGUCUGUACAAAUUUAUUUGCGAUUUGUAUCUUCAAUGAAAUUUAUAUUAGAUUCUAUUUCGAGAUUAGCAGCGACAACAUUUGUAUUUCUUUCUACGCGAGCGAUUUCACAUAUUAUUUAUAUACCAUUUAUGAGAUUGUACUUGAAAAGAUUUUAUGCGUAUCCAAGUGUUUCUCGUCCGCGCUUUAUUUUGAUAAAAUAUAUUCGCGUAUAUUUUCAAAGUCAAAAUCGAUCAAAUCGAAAAAUUGUUAUAAUGUUGUGUGCUUGUGAAUGGGACAGUCCCGUUUCAACGUAUGACAAGUAUAUGUGGGAGAGCGCGCGCUAAAUAUAGUCGUUAAAUAUGCAAUGUUACGAGAUCUUUUUGUACGUUCAUAUAUCGAGAUCAAAGUUCGCUUCCAUAUGCGAGCCUUUAUGUAUUCUUCAUGUAUGUGCGCGGGUGUGUGCACAGUGAAAGUCUCCAAUGUUACGUUGCCUUCGAGUGAGUUUUAAUUAUAUGCACGAAGUGAACGUGUGCUGUUGAUAUGUACGCGACUUCGAGCAGAAAAACAAGAGUAAGUAAAAUAAAUAAGCAAUCUAUCCGCGUGCUAUACAGUAUGUGUAUAUCGCGUUUAGUUUUUAUUAUAAAAUCAAUAUCCGUUUGUAAUAUAUUUAAUGAGAUAAAUAAUUAUCGUCCCGCUUUUGUGUGUAUUAUAUAAAAACGUUAUAUUAUACCCACGACGAUGUUUGACAAAACUUUGUUCACGAUAAUUGUGUAAAAGUCGUUUUAGGUCUUUUAAAAAAAAAGAAGGAAGAAAAUACGUCGCAAUGAUAUUUGACGUUUACGGAAAAAAUGUAAUUCUUUAAUAAAUAUAACACAAGAUAUCACAUUGUAAUAUACUUUCUCUCCUCGAAAAUAUAUAUUCCUGUUUUUGUAAAAAUAAUAUCGCAUAAUCGCAUCAUAAAAUAAUAAAAUAAUAAAAUAAAUUAAGCAAAUGAAAAUGAAGGAUCUUACAUCGCCGAAUAUCUAUAUCCUUCGUUUCGAUAUAAUUCUUACACAACGCAGAGAGAUCAGGGGUCCUAUUCUUGAAAUCGUGCGAAAAAAAAAUUAUCGUAUGCGAAAGUGACGCUGCGCGAUCUUUGAUUGGUGUAUAUUUUUCGAUCUAAGAGUAUACACCGAUCAAAGAUCGCGCGGCGUCACUUUCGCAUACGAUAAUUUUUUUUCGCACGAUUUCAAGAAUAGGGCCCCAAGGAAAGAGAAAUUUCAACUGAACGUCUAUCUUGUAUUGUAUUAUUGUAACAGUUAUAUGCUCGAUAUCGUAUGUUUACGCAUUGCACAAUGACUAGAGAAUUGUAAA